AUGACUUCCGGAAUGUCCCCGUCCAGCUCCCCGCGGCUUCCCAGCCCUCCCCCAUUCACGGAGGUUCAGCUCGCUCCCCAGUCACCCUCAGGAGAAUAUUUUGAGGAUCAGAUGCUUGGUGCUGCAGCGGGUGAAGAUGAUGGCUCGACACGCAGAAUACGCCCCGGCACCAAAGCCGCCGACAUGGCCUUUGGUCCGCCAUUGAUUCCCCUUUCGCAGCUUGACUCGCCUUUCCAGCUCCAGGAACAUCUCAAAGCCCUGUAUAAUCACUUUACGAAACCCGAAGGAUCUGACACCGUGGUCCCGAUUAACCGCCAGGUUGCGAUACAGCUGGCGGAACCCCCCGAGGGCGUCGACCGAUCGCUUUGGCUGUACGAACUCUGCCGCUUCCUCACCAUGAAAGUCAAUAAUCUCAUCGUCGCCUUCUUUGCCGAGGACCCACCCUGCUCUGCAACCACUUGCCCCGAGAUGCGAGCUUCGGAGUGGCAGUAUCUCUGCGCGGUCCACGACCCUCCCAAAUCUUGUUGCGCGAUCGAUUACUGCUGUCACACUUUGGACUGGGCUAUGAACACCCUCACUUCGCCCAAGUACUUCCCGAGUCGGCUCACUCUAGGCAACGAGAAUGCCGGAGGCCCUCAGGCCAGCAUGAGGCACCUGACCAACGUUUUCCGCCGUCUUUAUCGUAUUUUCGCUCACGCUUGGUUCCAACAUCGCGAUGUGUUCUGGCAGGUGGAGGGUCACGAUGGGUUGUACGUCUUUUUCAAGACUGUUUGCGACAUGUACAGCCUCAUCCCGCAUGACAACUACACAGUUCCUCCGGAGGCAGAGGGCCCUGAUGCACUUCAGCCUGAGGAGGAGCCAGUUGACUCCAAGCGUUUAACUAUUCUGCGCAAGGAAGACGAGAAUCCAUUUGCUUCAGGCAUAGAGAGUCUAGACCCUGCUCUCGGCACUGGUGCUACCACUCGUCGUCACAAACAUAGCCCGUCAACAGGAUCGCGUGUUACAACCAUCACGGAGGACAUGGAAGACAGCCCAGAGAUCCCGUCGCCGCUGCGUGAGGCCAUGGAGGAAUCACCUGAACGCCCUAUUUCUGUCCUGGAAGUCUCCAAGGCUUCUCUCGAGACCGCCGAGGAGACUGACUCUGAAAAGCCACCUACUCAGGAGGAAGAACCACUCGUAGAGCAGCCAGAUGAAGCAGAUCAUCAGACUGAAGAAGAAGAUGUUGGACAGCCUGGACCAUCUGAGGCCACAGAAGAGGCGCAGCCCGAGCCCGAGCAGCCUAUUGAUGACAAGACUGAAGAGCCAGCCGAGAAGAAUACGUCUGAAUCCGAGGAAGCAACCUCGUCUGAACAGACUGAGACGAAACCCGAGCCCGAGCAGGAAACUUCAACUGCAUCGGAAGCCAAGUCUGAGCCAGAAAAGGAAGAAUCUUGA